AUGACAGAAGUGAAAGGAACUCCCAUCAUUAAAGGUUCACGAACAAUGCAAAUAACUGGUUUAUAUAAAGGAAGGGCAAUUAUUAUAAAAGACUCUUACAGUGUUAUAAAUAAGAAGCUUAAACUAUUUCCUGCUAUGUUUAACUUACAAACAGGACCGAAAGAAGUAUUUCCAUAUAACUACUACAGCAGUGUUUUGUUAGCAAAUGACAACAGAACUGGUGUCAUUUCUGAAGCAUGUAAGUUUAUCCAUGAUGCAGAUACAUUUAUGAAGAACAUAGAUUCCAUCAAAGGUUGCAGAAUAGAUGAAAACCACUUCGACUUAGAAAAAUAUAGCACGUUUUACUGCAAACAAGAUGUAAGAAUUUUAAGAGAAGGUUUUGUAAAGUUCCGCAAUGACUUAUUGAAAGAGUUUGAUUUAAACGUUUAUGACUACGUUAGUAUUUGUUCUAUUGCUAACAAAUUGUUUGAGAACAGAGUAUACUUCCCGAAUGGAAAUCUUUAUGACCUCUCAAAUAAACCAAGAGAAUUUAUUUCGAGAUGCAUUCAAGGUGGAAGAUGUAUGUUGUCAGAUAACAUGAAACAAAAGAGCAAAAAGAAACUCAUUGCUGACUUCGACACUGUUUCAUUAUAUCCUUCAGCUAUAGCAAGACUUUAUACUUUAGAAGGUAUUCCAAAAGUAUUGAAGGAAGAAAUGUUAAGCACAGAGUAUCUCAUGAGACAUUUAUUCGAUGACGACCAAAAGGAACCCAUUGGUGAAAAGUUUAUGUCUGGCUUCUUUGUUCUCAUUAAGAUAACAGAGAUUGGUAUACCCAGACACUUUCAUUUAAUAGUUUGCGACCCUGAACUAAAUCCAGAACUUAACGUUCCAAGAA